CCAGUCCUUGCAGCCCUGGCAGCUCCAGCCCCUUGCCGGCCCUUGCCCGUUCUCCGGGCAGAGCUGCUGCUCGCUCGGUGCCGGGCGAGGCUCCGCGGCCCUCGGGGGAUCCUUGGCACGGAAUUUGUCCUCAGCUUGGUGAAGCAAGUGCCCCUGGAGGAGGAGGAGGGCUUACAGGGGUGCUGUCGCUUCCUGACUCAAGGUCUGUUAUGUUGCCAUGAGCUGGGGGAUGUAAUUUUGAUUUGGUUUUCCCCACCGCUCCCUAUGAUGUGGGUACUUUAUCCCAUAAAUACAGGCGGUGCGCGGCACCUGCCUGUUCGCCGCUGCUGAUGGCUGCUGGGUUUGACGUUGUGGCAUUGAUGCUCUUUUAAGUUUUUGGUUGCUGUCCUCAGCUUUGUAUGGUGGCCUUCCCAAGGCUCUUUCUUGCCAUCAAUAAAAAUCCGUUACAUAACAUCUGCUUCUGCUCAGUUUUUAAAAUGAGCUGUAACUCUUUAUUUCUCGAAGACGUGUUUUAUUUCUUAGGGAGCAUGUGUAGAGCAACUUUGACAGCCAAAAAACGGUAUGCUUUAAAAACUAGAGGUACGUGGGCAGUUUAGAGCAAGCUGCAAAACGCAAACACUUGUGUCUGGUGCCUUAAAAUAAUAUUUAUUUGAAAUAAAAUGAAUUUGUUAGUCUUAUCUGAAAUUUCUGUUAGUUUCAGUGGAUUUCAGUCUGACAUUGGGUGUCAGUAAUUUCUUCUCCAGCAUUGCUUUGGUAAAUAGAACUUUAUCCUUUUCAGUACUUCCUAUGCCAGGCAAAACACACUACAGUCCUUUCUGGGAACUCCUCCCCUUUCUGGGAAAGGGAAACCACUGCUUCACUUCGAGUUUCAUUUCUGCAGCUCAUCCUUAUCUUUAGAAUAUAAAUAGGCAGAUAAAGCUUUCUAAUGAAUAUACUUUUAAAAGAGCUUGAUAUUAAACUUUCUUUUUUUCUUUUUCCUUAAUGAGCAUUGAAAUAGAAAUAACCACUUUUGAAGGAACAGUAAAUUAUCUGUGCACAUAGAUCUGGGAAAGGCCAAAGGUAUUUUGGGUGGAAUAGCUGUAAUUCUAAGAGGAGGAGGCAGAGAUUUCCUUUGAAGUUUUUUGCACUGUUGGAGUGCACCCUAUCAACUUUUCUUUUGUACGUGGCUGGACUUCACAAGCUUUAAUAACUCCAGAACAUUCCCAUUGUUCUGUUUGAAUGUGUUUGUUCUUCAGGUUCUUUGUUUUCCUUAGAACAACUCUGGAUGGUGACAAAUGUAAAAGCAAGGACCAUUUUUUCACUUCAUGCAGUGGGAGGCGCAACUGGACUGCGGCGAGAGACCUGCAGAGAUACAGAAACCAUUACCCAGAUUUGAAAGAACCAGAGAAUGAGGAGGAUGAAGAGAUGUGGAACUUAAGCUUUUACAAAAAUGAGAUUGCUUUUGUGCCCCAUGGUGUCAAUAUUGAAACUCUGCUCUCAUCUUGGGGGGACAAGUAUGAAACCCUGGAAGAAAACCAUUCCUACAUACAGUGGCUGUUCCCUUUACGUGAACAUGGGAUGAACUGGCGUGCCAAGCCACUCACCUGCCAAGAAAUCCAGGCCUUUAGGAAGUCCAAGGAAGUCAUGGACAGGUUUUUACGUGCUUACAAGAUCAUGCUGGGAUUUUAUGGAAUCAACCUGGUCAACAAAGAAACUGGAGAACUUGAGAGAGCUGAGAAUUGGCGUGAACGAUUUGAAAACUUGAACAGGUUCAGCCACAACAAUUUAAGGAUUACUCGAAUCCUGAAGUGCCUGGGGGAGAUGGGAUAUGAAGACUAUCAAGUGCACUUGGUGAAGUUUUUCCUCACAGAAACUCUUGUCAAGGAGACAUUACCAAAUGUCAAGAGAAGUGCCUUGGAUUACUUCCUGUUCACUGUCAGAAGCAAAGAAAAGAGGAGGGAACUCGUCCACUAUGCUUGGCAACACUUCAAACCUCAGAGCAGCUUCGUGUGGGGGCCUCGUGACAAACUCCAGAAGUACAGACCCCGCUCUGCCAAGCCACAGCUGCACCAAAGGCCAGAGGAUAAACAGGACACUCUGUGUCAAAAAUGUGAUCCUGUGGAGAAGGAUCAGAACCAGUCUUCAGAGGAACAGAAAGCUGGAGAUGCUGCAGAGUUGCAGCCUGAAAUGAGUGAUGAACCUGUAAAGGAGAAGAUAAGCAAAUGUGUUUUGAAGGGAGGAGAUGAUGAGGAGGAGAAAGAAGCUUCAUUUGCCCAGCUGAAGGAAGAGGAUUUAAAAAGUGAAGUUGAAGAAGGGCAGGGUACUGCAGAGAAUGAUUGCACAAAGGAGAGCAAGAAGAGAAAACUGAAUGCAGGUUUGGCAGAUGCUAAAGGCGAUGGAUCAUUGAAAAACUCUGCUGAUAUUGAAAACAUUUCCCAUAAUCUGGGAGAGUGUGCAAUUGAUGCAGAGAUCCCCUCCUCAGAGCCAGUCUCCCAGGCAGAAGAGGAUCAGGAAGCUCUGAAGGAAGAUGAUUCCAGCACCAAAGAGCCGGCGGCGCCGGAGGCCGCGGAUGCGGCCGUGAAACGCAGGAAGGUUGAUAAAAAAACAUCCAGAGGCAAACAAGUGAACUUGGCCAUAAACCUGGGCAUGGGGCCCUCAGCCUCUGGUGCCAAGGCAAAUCCAUCUGCUGCUAACGGUGAGGCUGGAAAAGAAAGUGUCAGUGAGGAAAAUGCAGCUGUGGAAGUGCCAAGUGAGAAGGGGGAUGGUGAUGAUGCAGAUGGUGGGGCUAUGAGACCCCCAGCUGCUUCCAGGCCCCCCAGGACUGGCUGCACUGCUCCAGUCAAGGAUGGCUGGAAGUCCAGUGAAGAUCAAAACUCAGCAGGAGGUGAUCAGCACCACUGCAGCAGCAAACUUCUGGGGGGUAAAAGUGAACUAGAUGGGGUAGGACAGCAGGAAAAGGUUGAAAAGGCAGGUGAAAAAGGGCAAGCAGAAGACACAGACAAGAAGCAAGCUCCAGAGAGUCAUGAGCAGAGCAUAGCACCCACUUGUCCUGAAGAAAACAGUGCUGAGGUCCCACCAGAAAAAGAUGAAGGCUCUGAGAAUGGAGCAGAGCCUGGUGGAGAGCAGGGAGCAGCAGAGUGAGAGCAGCACAGUGAGCACCUUAGCCAGCAGAGAUGGCACUGCCCUGUCUGCUGGGAGCCAGCUUUGGUGGCUUGGAGAACUGAACAAACUUUCUUUGGGAUGGUCCAGCUGGCCCCUGUCUCACUUUCACUCUUCCAUGAUUUUUUAGUCAUCUCUGGUACACUCACUGAGAUCCAGCUCUUGGUUACCAUAAAGAGGAAAACUUUAUUUACUCAUCUUCAUGGCCAGGCUGUGUCCUGUUGCUGGGUUUUAUCUGAUGUUCAGGGCUAUCUUGGAGCAACGGGGAUUUUUGCACUUUGAUUUGAUUCUGGUUAUGUCCCUACUGAAAGAGAAGAGGAAAACUGAUCUGUCUCCUUGUUUCAAUUACCUAAGUAUUUAUUAAAGACACGAUUUUUCAUGUAAGACAGCAUGACCUAAUUUGCCAAGCCUUUCUACUGCUGUGUAACUUCUGUUUGUUAUUGUGAAAGGCUGUACCUUCCCAGGAGUUUUUUCCUGGCAAAAGUGCUGUUUCUCUAAAAGAGAUGAUUAUAUGGAUUUCACUUGAUGUCAAUGUAGUUGCCUCUCCUCCUAUAAGGAAAGUAAGUUUGGCUUUAGACUGGGAUAAAUCUGCUGCCAAAAUGUGUCUCUGACCAGUAUGAACCUUUGUGUGGAGAUUCUGUUCUCUGAGGUGCAAAGUGCUGAAUAAUUACUUCUCUUUAUCCCCACAGAGGUUGCUUUGUAGUUCUUGUUAGAGUUAAGACUACAAAUUGCCUACUGGUUUCUAAGAGAAAAAGCUCCAGGUUUUGUAUAAAACUGUUUAGAGCUGCUCUUCCCCAUGUUUUCCAAUCACUUGAUAGUCUUCCACAGAUUUUUUUUGUCCAUGACUGUUUCAGAGGCCCUCGUUUCUCACUUGCCAAAGCAGCACAAAUAUUUCCCAGUGUAUUUUUUUCAGCCUUAGCUGAUAAUUUGCAGUGGCCUGGGGGGGCUCUUUCCUGCAGGCCCAUGGCAUGAGGUUUGAUGUGUCAGAUGCAGCCUGUUUCCUACUUAGGGCAGGGUUGCUUUGCCUUUAAUGUUAGACAGCCAGAGCAUGUUCCAGUGCAGCAUGUCUGGAAACCACUGGGCUUUGUGGGGCAGUUAAUUGAAACGUUAAUUGGAGAGGCUAUGCUUGUCUGGCUCGUUUAUUUCCAGCCCUCAAGAAUUUACUUUCAAACCUUGCCAGCUCUUUGCCUGCCUCUGUUCCUGACCUCCCUGUCAGCUGUUCUGCCACACUACACAAUAUUCCACCAGGUCUGAAGGAGCAUUAAAACAGUUUAGCACCUUCACUCCUAAAAAUUUACAACAGAGGAUCUGUUUCAUGAAUCAGGAAAUUGUUUCCAACAGCCUGAAGGUCUGGGUUUGCUGUUUGCUCAGGUUGUUUGGGUUGGUUUUGAGGUUAUUUGGUGCUGUUUGGUUUGUGUGGGAGAUGGCCAGAGAGCAGAUGCAGCAGCUUGUGCAAUGUCAGUGUUUUUACUCUCUGCUACAGCUCUUAAGAAGCUUUAUCUUUCAAGGAAUUUGAGGGGUGAUUUGCCUUCCCAGACUGUAGGUUCUGAUCCAGCAUGCCACAUAUGUGUGAGGGAAUAAAAGUCUGCAAGCUUAAUAUCUGACGUUCAUGGUCACACAUGUACUGAAAAAGGGCUUUAAUGUUUUUAAAAUCUUUCUUCUUAAGAACAGAUGGAGGUAAAUAGCCAAUAAGAGUACACUUAACUACAGAUAGAAAUACUUGAAGAUGUUGAGUGAGAAUUCUUUCCUAACAGAAUCCUAAGAAUUGUUAAUUGUGGCUUUUGUACAGAUUUAUAGUAACUUUCUUAUUUAAUGAAAUUUUCAUUGUGAAUAUGUGCUCAGUUGGGGCAUUGAUCCCAUAUCUUGUUAUGGUUUUGUGUUUAAUGAGAUUUCACUCUGAUCCCCAGCCUGGAGUGAGUGCUCAAACCAACCCCUUCCCUCUCCUGCCAGGUUUACUUUUGCCUGUAGGUGUGUGUGGUGAGUUCACAAGGUGUUUGCCAGCACUCAGAGCUGUAUCACAGAGUCUGUUACGUUAAUUUCCCUAUUAAAGCAUGACUUUAAUGCA